AGCAGAAGGUUUUUUGUGCUGGAAUUUAAUUUGUUAGAGAAAGAAAAAACAAUAAUAAAGUUGUGCUUUCAUUCCAAACAAAAUAAAGUGGAUAAUAAAUACAUAGAUAACCAACCGGUCUAAUUAAAGCCAUUGCAACAACUGUGCCAACUUAAAAACAAUUUAAAUAUAAAUUUUUUGUGCUGCGCUGGGCGUGCUAGGCGCAGCAGAAACAUAAUUUUUUGUGGUUGGUUGCGUAAAAGUGACUUCCGUGUUACACCAUGGAAGACCUUACCAAGAAUAUAAUAUUCACAACGAAUGCGAUUAAUGGACAACCGGGGGCAACCAUACAAUAUCAAACAGCAGACGGCACCAUCCUCAAACAACCCAAAAUCGAGGGCCAAAAGGCCGAUCAACAGCCCACCUUCUACUACACAACAAAUGGCAACGCGGCCACUGUCAAUUUAGCACAGCUGGCAACCACGGACGACAAUAAGACUUGCUACAUUGCCCAGCCAGUGGGCGGCUAUAAUUAUGCCCUGGUCAAUGGGAUGCCGCUGAAUCAGGGUACCGCCCUCGGCAUUGCCACCGUAGAUGCACAGGGACGCCUACAGAUUGUCAAUCAGAACAAGCCCAUAGCAGCGCAAACAAUUUCGCCGCUGCAAAACACAAUAUCAAACAUUAGCUUCAAGUGCGAUGUCUGCUCCGAGAUGUUUCAGCAUCUGGCACUGCUAAACGCCCACAAACGUAUGCACACCGAUGGCUCAGAUCCGCAACAGCAGUCGAAUGAUGCUAUUGCGGUGGUCAAUGCCCAGGGCAUGGUGCAAACACAGAACAUCAUUACGGGUAAUGGCCAAAUGGGUCAGAUACAAAUCGUCGCUUCUGAUUCGCUGGAACCAGUGCAGCAAUCUGUCAUGCAGCAGCAGCAACAACAACAACAGGCGGCCCAGCAACAACAGCAACAGCACGAGAACUCAAAAUCGAGCAAGUGCAUUGUUUGUGGCAGCGCAAUACUGCACCAGUCGAAGCGCAAAGGCCCCAAGCAAGUUCGCUGCGAAUCUUGCAUGCAGGCUGAGCAGACGGCACAACAAAUUUUUGUGGGAUCCGAUGGACAAAUGGCGCAUCCCGUGCAGAUCAUAUCAACCACACCACAGGCGCAAGCGCAGCUGCAGCAAAUUGUGGCCCAACAGACUGGCGGCACGACGCCCAAACGAGAGCCCAGCUCAUCGACGGGCCAUCACCCCGUUAAGAAACGCAACUCGCAACAAAUGACCAAGUGCCAGAAAUGCAAUGGCUCCGGUGUAGUGCUAAUGGGUCAACAGCAUACACACUCGCAUAGCGGCGCUGGUGGAUCUGUUAAGCAGAACUCUGCUGUCACCGUCAAGACCGAAAUUUGCUCGUUUUGCAGAAAUCCUCCCAGUAAACCAUACAGCUGCGACAUUUGCGGCGGCCUCUUUUCACGUUACUCCAGUCUUUGGUCGCACAAGAAAUUACACAGCGGCGAGAAGAACUACAAGUGCACCAUCUGCGGAUUGGCAUUCGCCAAGGCGGUCUAUCUAAAGAAUCAUGCGCGCAUACACACGGGAGAAAAGCCGUACAAGUGCCAAACUUGUGGCAUGCAGUUUUCACAAUCGCCGCAUCUAAAGAAUCACGAACGCACGCACAGCGGCGAACGUCCAUAUGUAUGUGGCGUGUGUGAUAAGGGAUUCGCGCGUCAUGCCACACUAUGGAAUCAUCGACGCAUACACACCGGUGAGAAGCCGUAUAAAUGCGAAAUAUGCGGUUCCGCCUUUUCGCAAGCGGCACAUCUCAAGAAUCAUGCCAAGGUGCACUCCGGCGAGAAGCCAUACAAGUGCGAAAUCUGCUCGGCGGCAUUUGCCGAUCGUUUUGCGCUGAAGCGUCAUCGUGGCAUCCAUCAGAAGUAUGGACAAACAGCGCCCAGACAGCCGGCAGGUGAUGGCAUGGUAGUUCAUAAGCAGGAGCUACCAGACAUGGAUGACGAUGCGCAGCAGGAGGUGAUCAUCGGCGGCUUAUAGAUAAGAGCAACCAAAGCCAAUGCCAAGACGACCAACACAACAACGGCAGCGGCGGCAGCCUAUCAAUCGGGAACGGGUACAGCCUCGAGUACGUCAUCGAGAUCAGGAUCAGGAUCGGCGGCAUUUCCAACGCAGCCCUAUCCAGGCUAUUACUAUCAGUUGCAAAAUGCACAGCAACGGCAGGAAGAGCAGCCGCAGCAGCAACAGCAAGGCGCCGCCUUUAGUGCUUCAUCAAAUUACUGAAUUGGCGCCUGUACAUACAUACAUUUAAACACGGGGCAGAGAAAAACAUCGUCAUCAUCACCAUUACCAGCUAGGCACCAUUAAUGUUAUACUUUUUAUUUUAUUUUUUUUAAAUAAUGUAGUUUCUCUUGUAGGGCUCCUUUAAUUGGGCUUGGGGCAUUCGAAAGAGUGCCACCAAACACGCUUUUUUACGUUAAUCAAACGAAACGAAUCGAACCUAAUUUAUUCAUAGAUUGUAACAUAGAUAUGGCGCAAAGUGUGGUACAUUUAAGUGUUAUAGUCUAUUUCCGUAUACAAAUUGUAGCUGUAAUUUACACGGAUUUAUAAGAGAAACUGGGGGACAGGCGUCAGCCGCAUCAAAAGCAAAUACGUAAGAAUCUACGCAGGGAUGUACAACUUACAUCCGCAAUAAACACACACACACACACACAUACAUAUAAAUAUAUACAAGUAUAUAUAUAUACAUCAUAUGUAUAUACAUAUGGAUAGUACAUUAA